GGCUAGGGAUGGGACAAUGCGGUGUUGGUGUCUGCAGUAUUCUGACUCCUGGACACCGGUGGCUGCAAGCUGCGCUUUUGGCGUCCUCUCAUUUUUCUAUCCUUAUCUCCGUCCGCGGCUGCCUUGGCCAGCCAGUUUUUGAUUUUUUAUCUGUUCCUUGAUCGAUACAACGAACCUAAGGACAUACAGGACAUUAAUACCCAACUGCCAGCUCUGGCCCAGGGCUUGUACUGUGCAGCGGGCUGGCUGCAGAAACUUAAGUCAUAACACUCUUUGUCGCUGAGGUCUGAAGCUCUCUGCACGUUCUCAUCCCUGGGAACGUGACCCCAGCAUCCGACGCCAAGAUGCCGGCUCACAUACUGCAAGAGAUCUCUGGCUCUUACUCGGCCACCACCACAAUCACAGCGCCACCUUCUGGGGGACAGCAGAAUGGAGGAGAGAAGUUUGAAAAGAAUCCUCACCACUGGGGAGCAGAUGUUCGCCCUGAAAUUAAAGAUGACCUAUACGACCCCAGCUACCAGGAUGAGGAGGGGCCCCCGCCCAAGCUGGAGUACGUCUGGAGGAACAUCAUCCUCAUGGCCCUGCUGCACAUUGGAGCCCUGUACGGGAUCACACUGGUCCCCUCCUGCAAGGUCUACACCUGCCUCUUUGCAUAUUUGUACUACGUAAUCAGCGCCCUGGGCAUCACAGCCGGGGCUCAUCGCCUGUGGAGCCACAGGACUUACAAGGCUCGGCUGCCCCUGAGGCUCUUUCUCAUCAUCGCCAACACCAUGGCAUUCCAGAACGAUGUGUACGAAUGGGCCCGGGAUCACCGCGCCCACCACAAGUUCUCAGAGACACACGCCGACCCUCACAACUCCCGCCGUGGCUUUUUCUUCUCUCACGUGGGUUGGCUGCUUGUGCGCAAACACCCGGCUGUCAAAGAGAAGGGCGGAAAGCUGGACAUGUCUGACCUGAAAGCUGAGAAGCUGGUGAUGUUCCAGAGGAGGUAUUACAAGCCCGGCCUCCUGCUCAUGUGCUUCAUCCUGCCCACGCUGGUGCCCUGGUACUGCUGGGGUGAGACGUUUGUAAACAGCCUGUGCGUCAGCACCUUCUUACGGUACGCUGUGGUGCUCAACGCCACCUGGCUGGUGAACAGCGCCGCCCACCUCUAUGGAUAUCGCCCCUACGACAAGAACAUCAGCUCUCGGGAGAACAUCCUGGUGUCGAUGGGAGCUGUGGGCGAGGGCUUCCACAACUACCAUCACGCCUUCCCCUAUGACUACUCUGCCAGUGAGUACCGCUGGCACAUCAACUUCACCACGUUCUUCAUCGACUGCAUGGCCCUCCUGGGCCUGGCUUAUGACCGGAAGAGGGUGUCCAAGGCCGCUGUCUUAGCCAGGAUUAAGAGAACUGGGGAGGAGAGCUGCAAGAGUGGCUGAGUUCGGGGUCUUCCAGUUCCUGUUCCAAGAGCCGGCUUGGCAGAGGCUUACUGUUCUGUUAAUUAACUACUGAGUAUUGCUACCCAGAUGCUAAAAUGAUGAAGUUAACCCAUUCUGGUACAGUAUUGUAAAACGGACAAAUAUCGGAAGUCAACAGCUCUACCUUUUGAUGCUAAGCUGUUCUCCCCUUCUAUCUUCUUUUCCCGUUGUCUUUUUCUUCGCUUUGUCCCCAAUGACCUCACCCCUCAUCGCCUCCCCUAAGCCAGCAGCCACUCCGCUGUAGUUCAGAGUUCACCUUCCAGAGCGUACCAGCUUUUCAAGGGUCUACAGUAAAGGUUCACGCCCCAGCCCCAACUUAACGUUGCUCCAAGUUACAGAUAGAAGAAAAAUCUUGAGAAAUUUCUCCUGUUAUUUUAGUCCAGACUUUGCCAGAUGGAAUGGGAGAAAAAAUAGUUUUAUUUGGCAGAGAGCUUGCGAAGUGGGUAAAUCUUAAGGGGCCAAAUUCAACACUCGGGCUGUGAUUCAUCAAAAUUGUGGGAGAGGGGGAUCUCCUGUGAUCAGGCUCCGCUCCGUCUGGCCGAGGUGCUGGCGUCUCUUGACACAGCGUGCCUCCUCUCCUAAUUCUGAUUGGGUGACAGCCGUGGAACUUUGUGACACUAAAAUAUGGCAACACAUCGGUAUCUCAGUGUACUUUAGGCUAAAGAUUUAAAAAAAUAGAGAAGUGAAAAACAAUUUGUAGGAAAAGUGGUCUUUCCUAAAAUAAGAUUUUCUUUUCCUUUCAUAACAAGGACCUGGGGCCAGGCGUCGUGGCACGCGCCUCAAAACAGUUGAGAGGAGAGGGGCAGGUGGGUCUCUGAGUUUGAAGCCAGCCAGGGCUAGAUAGUGAGGCCUUGUCUCAAAUAGAAAAGCCAACAAUUAGCAGGACACACGGAGCCGGGGGUCCUCUUGCGAGGCGUGUCUGGAAUCCAUGAGGGCGGUCGCUCGUGGUUUUUGAGCUUCCUGUGAGCUGCACCCCCAGACACUUGUAAUUCCUGUUCUUCCGUCUUUCGGAUGCAGGUUGCUCCCACAAAUUCAGGAUAGCUGUGGCGUUUCCAUGCAUCCCACAAUGGAAGGAGUGUAAGACUUGAGCUUGAGUCACAGCUAAAACCCAGAAGACACAAAGUCAGUCUGUCCUGGAUCCUACAAACACUCAACGAGUGCCUCCCUCUGGAAAAGAUGGUGAACACCUUCCUUCCACUGUUGGGCAGUGGACAGGGAAGUUGGAGGUCGCUGUAGGCAGCUCCAAGGUUUCUAGGGGCACCUUGCCAGGGGACCUCACAACUUUGGCGGUCUCUAGUGGAGCAGGUUAGGUUUUAGCUCCCUUUGGUCCCGCUGUGCUUUGUGGUAAGGCUUUUCCCUGGGCUGUUGCCUCAUUCCUCACUAGCUCUGUGACCAGGUAGGACUCUGGGAUACAUGGCUGAAAGCUCUUUGCUCUACCACAUCUGCCUCUCUUUCCCUACCCAUUUUUUUGUGUUUCGGGGUGGUAUUUUUGUGGUGGUUGUUUUGUUUUAUUUCUUCUUUCCUCUUUGACGUUUAGUCUUGCUCUAGGCAGAAACGUCCUGGAUAUUUACGGUCAGUAAAGAUGUCCGGUCCCAGCAGAGAUACAACCUCUAUCUGCAGUAGGUAGAGAAGGCUGUCCCUUUCCGGUGGCUUUCAGAUUCUCCACCUCUAUCCCUCCCAGGCCUCUGAUAUUCUUUAAACUUUAAAGGAAAAGUUUGGCCGACUUUCUAGAAACAUCCCUGGCUCAGAGAGGCUCUCUGUCUCCUCGGUUGUUCUAAAACAAAUGGUCCGGGUGGUGUGGGUGCUGGCCCAAGACUCGAUUCCUCUGAGUUAGGGCAGAGCAUGCUCCCUGCACUCAGCAAAGCCUCUCGGGCUGAUCAGUGCUCCUGGGUGAUGCUGUGGUGCUUUUAGGAGGAAGACAGUGUUGGCUGGCUGGAAAGCACGACAGUUAAGGUUGUGUUCUUAAGUGCCUCAGUUUGAAAGCUUUGGCUAGGGUAGGAGAUCUGAGAUGCCGUGGACUUUGCAGAAGAGAUUUUGUGCAGCAACGCAGAAGCCUGGCUGUGUUAAGAUUGGCUGUACAGGAUAGCGAAUGCUGUGGUUGGAGGGCACAGUCUUCCCGUGUUAGUUAAAUAGAGAGGCUUUAGGACGUCUCUGCGCCCACUUGAAGGUAGCCUUAUCCUUUAGCUGUUCGCUAAAAUAGAAUCCUUGAGAGAUGACAAUAUAUUUGCUGGCCUGUCGCCCUAUUCCUUGGAGAGGCCUUUUGAAUGGUUUUAAUUCCACUGGUUAUCCGGUGCCCACUUAAUCAAAUGUGAAAAAUAAAAGCAGCUCUCUUCUUAGCCUGCCCCGUGGAUCUGAGGACCCCGUUAGAUACAGCUGUCGGUAAGGGUGUACCAGCUCACUAAGAAACACUACUGUCAAGAUUUUAAAGCUCAGACCAAGUGACACGUUAAUAAGAAACUAAGAUCUGAUUGAAUUUUCUAACAGUCCUUGCCUCGUGGACACGCUAAAAUUCGACUUGGGUGCCUUACCUCUUUUCUAGCUAGUGUUACUCAUGGGCCUGCGCUCCCUUCCUCUGCGGAUUCCUUAGAACCGGAGAGCCUGUAAGUGUGACAGGCUCAAAACUGGCCUGGCUGGAGGGUUAGGUGGACUUUGAUCUGCAGUGUUCCCUCUGGGGUCUUCGUUUGGGGAAUAUUUCUUGGGGCUGUUUUGCUGAAGUGCCCGUAGCUGAUGGAUGGUGGAAGUAAUUUGAACGUACGCGAUUUGUAGGUUUUGUUAUUUGUUUUAAGAUUUAAAGGCUGGUUGUAGCAUUUAAAGUGAAAGCUUUUUCUUCCUGGUUUGCUAGUGUUCUGCGUGUCUUCUUUAGUUGAAAUAGGUUAGUGGAGAAGUUAAGAAAGCGGUGGCCGUGUUACGCUGGUGGUGAAGGCCAGGGCCGCCUACAAACUCUCAGUUUUGUUUUGUUUUGUUUUUUUUAUAACAGUCCCACUCUGACAAUAAUGAGUUCACUCCUUGGAUAAGGUUGUUAAUGAGGGAAGAGCCCUUCAGACCUAAUCAGCUCUUACUGGACCCAGCUGUCAACACUGUUGCAUUGGGGAUUAAGUUUCCAACCCGUGAAUCAUGGGACAGACUCAAACCGUAGCACUGGGCAUGUCGCCUAACAAUAUAAUGUGACUCAGUAUUCUGUGAGACAUGGGAUAAUAUUCCUGACCUACCUCCACGGGUAGGUGCGAGCAUGAGCAAAUGCUCUUUAUAAAACAUUUGGGGAUCCUCAGCAGAGGAGUAUUUAAGUCCUGCACAUUUUUAUAGUAACCGUCCACCAUGGACUUGACACGUGCCUAUGUCCCAGACGACAUUGUUAAUCUACAUCAUUCUUCUCAGAGGUUGAAUGGAUGCAUUAGAUAAUGUAUACUCAUUGCUAUGGAAACCUGCAGGACUCCUUUUCCUUCCUUGGGUGGGAUUUUUUUUUCCUUUAUUAUGUGCAACAGUAGCUAUUUGUAAUCUAAUAAUUUUCAUUAAUACCAACUCUGAAAGUAUUUCUACUCAUCUGAGGUUGUGUUUGUUCAUAAUAAAAUGAAAUGGAUCUGACUGC